GGCGGCGACACAAAGCGGCUCCGGGCGGCGGCGGCGGCGGGGGGGGGUCCCGCCAUGGCCAAGUGGCUGCGGGAGUACCUGGGGCGGGGGGCGCGGCGCUCCCCCCCGCGCCCGCCUCACCCCGACUACAGCGGCCCCGGCCCCGCGCCCCCCGGCGCUGCCCUCCGCGGCCCCGCGGCCUCCCCUCGGCACCGGCUCGUGCGGGUGGCGGGAGCGGGGCCCCCCCGGCGCACGGAGCAGGGCCCCGGCGAGAGCGAGUACUCGGAGCCGUGCGAGGGGGAGCAGGAGCCGGCGCCCGAGGGCGGCUGCGAGGAGCCCGCGGAGGCCGCAGGGGGCCGGCGGGGGCGGCCGCGGCGGGGCCCGCAGCUCUACGACACCCCCAGUGAGGAGUGGGAGGCGGCCGGGGACGGCCCCGGCGCGGGCGGCAGCCGCGAGAGCCGCGAGAGCCGCGAGAGCCGCCUGCCCCGGGACGACGAGCGCCCGGCGGAUGAGUACGACCAGCCCUGGGAGUGGAAGCAGGAUCACAUCUCCCGGGCGUUCGCAGUGCAGUUUGAGAGCCCCGAGCGCUCCCCCAGCCUGUCCCGGCAGCUGCAGCGGCCCCCCCGGCCCCCCCCGGACACCGGCUGCCCCCCCAGCCCCCGGCAUGUGGACGCCUCACUCCCGCUGGAGAAGCAAGUGUGGUACCACGGCCCCAUCGGGCGGGCGGGCGCCGAGACGCUGCUGGCGCUGUGCCGGGAGGGCAGCUUCCUGGUGCGGGACUGCGAGACCAGCCCCGAGGACUACUCCCUGUCCCUGAGGAGCAGCCACGGCUUCGUGCACGUGAAGCUGACGCGGACACGGGAGCACCACUUCACGCUGGGCCGCGCCGGCGCCGCCUUCCCCUCGGUGCCCGCGGCCGUGCGGCACUACACAGCGCGGGCACUGCCCGUGCGCGGCGCCCGCCACCUCUCCCUGCUCUACCCGGUGGCGGCGCAGCCCCUGUGAGCAGCAGAGA